AUGCGUUCUGAGGGAGUGCAAAUGUUUCCGCCCUCGGCGAUGCCGCUGCGAAAGACGCAGAUGGUGCAAUUCGGCAUUCUCUCGCCAGAGGAUACGAAAGCCAUGUCUGUCGUCAAAGUGGAGCAUCCCGAGUUUUAUGAAAGUGAAAACAACCCCAAAACUGGCGGUCUACUGGAUAGACGGCUAGGAACCACUGAUAGGAACUUCAGAUGUGCUACCUGUGGCGAGAACAUGACAGAUUGUCCCGGUCACUUUGGCCACAUUGAUCUUGCCAAGCCCGUGUAUCACGCUGGCUUCAUCAGCAAGAUCAAAAAGAUCUUGGAAUGCGUGUGCUUUCAUUGCGGCAAGCUAAAGCGGUUUCGCCAGGCAAGGAUCAUUAAAGACAAAAAGCGGCGAUUUCAUGCGGUGUGGGAGAUUUGCAAGACCAAAAUGGUGUGCGAGGGCAGCGAUACUGCUCCAGACGAUGAUGACAUGAUGGACAUGGAGGAUCCCUACAAGUCAAAGCCCACUCAUGGAGGCUGCGGCGGAAGGCAGCCCAUUUUCAAAAAAGAGGGGCCGUUGCAGCUAGCUACGUACUGGAAAGCCACCAAGGAUGAGGAAAGCGGCCAAGAACCGAAAACUGAACCGUUGACGGCGGAAAAGGUCCAUCAGCUUUUCCAGAAGAUCAGCGAGGAUGAUUGUAUGAGCUUGGGGUUAAAUCCAGACUGGGCUCGACCAGAGUGGAUGAUUAUCACUGUACUUCCUGUUCCACCGAUGGCAGUUCGACCGGCUGUCAGCAUGGAUGGUGUGGCGACAAAUCAGGAUGAUUUGACACAUAAAUUGCGUGAUAUCGUCCUGGCAAAUAGCUUUCUGCGGAAGCACGAGACGGAAGGAUCACCAGCACAUGUCAUAAACGAGUUUGAAAAGCUACUGCAGUAUCACAUCGCCACUUACAUGGAUAAUGACAUCGCCGGGCUUCCUCCGUCUUUACAAAAGUCUGGGCGACCGUUGAAAUCCAUUCGAGCUCGUCUAAAAGGAAAGGAAGGUCGUUUACGUGGAAACUUGAUGGGGAAACGUGUAGAUUUCUCAGCUCGUACUGUCAUCACUGGUGACCCCAAUCUUUCGAUUGACGAGGUUGGGGUACCCCGGAGCAUUGCCCGCAACUUGACUUUCCCCGAGACAGUCACGCCGUACAAUAUUCACCGUUUGCAGGAGAUGGUACGAAAGGGACCUUUAGAACAUGGGGGGGCCAAAUACGUCAUCAAAGAUGAUGGCCAACGAAUCGACCUACGGUAUAAUCGCCGUGGUGGAGAUAUUCAUCUUCAAAACGGCUAUCGCGUGGAACGGCAUUUGAUGGAUAACGAUAUUGUCAUUUUCAACCGUCAGCCGUCACUACACAAAAUGAGUAUGAUGGGCCACAGAGUAAAGGUUAUGCCUUACUCCACCUUCCGUCUGAAUCUGUCGGUAACAAGUCCGUAUAACGCCGAUUUCGAUGGAGAUGAGAUGAACUUACACGUGCCGCAGUCGUAUGAGACAAAAGCCGAGCUGAUGGAGCUUUGCAUGGUACCAAAGCAAAUUGUAUCACCGCAAAAAAACGCACCUGUUAUGGGAAUCGUUCAGGAUACGCUUUGUGGUAUCCGUAAAUUCACAAAGCGCGAUACCUUUCUACGGCGGGACUUUGUCAUGAACCUUUUGAUGUGGGUACCGGAUUGGGAUGGAACAGUUCCUCAGCCGGCCAUUCUUAAGCCGGUACCUUUGUGGACUGGAAAGCAAAUCAUGAGUUUGGUCAUCCCACCUAAAAUCAACGUCACUGGAUACCACUCUGCAUUUGAUGAGCAAACUGAUAAAGAUGACGGAAGCUCGAGUGAUUGUAAGGUCCUGAUUGAAAACGGGGAGUUGCUCACCGGCAUUCUUUGUAAGAAGACGGUGGGUAGUUCUGCGAAUGGUAUCAUUCACGUCACAAUGAAUGAGCAUGGACCGGAGGCGGCAAAGGCGUUUUUCAAUGGGACUCAAUUGGUUGUUAACCAUUGGCUACUGCAAAACGGAUUCUCUAUUGGUAUUGGUGACACCAUCGCAGAUCGGCCGACAUCUGAUCAGAUUACCUCAACUAUCUCGAAUGCGAAGAAGGAGGUGACCAAAAUCAUUGAGAAAGCUCAAUCUGAUAAACUUGAAGGUUUGCCUGGUAUGACGAUCCGUGAGAGUUUCGAGUCCUUAGUCAACAAGGAGCUCAAUCGUGCCCGUGACAACGCGGGUAAGAGCGCUCAGGCCUCUCUCAAAGAAUACAAUAAUGUGAAGCAGAUGGUGGUUGCCGGAUCCAAAGGAUCGUACAUCAACAUUUCGCAAAUGUCAGCUUGUGUCGGACAGCAAAACGUUGAAGGAAAGCGUAUACCAUUUGGGUUCAAGUAUCGUUCAUUGCCGCACUUUACAAAGGACGAUCAUACGCCCGAAAGUCGAGGUUUUGUUGAAAACUCAUACUUGAGGGGUCUGACACCGCAAGAGUUUUUCUUCCAUGCCAUGGGUGGACGUGAAGGUUUGAUCGACACGGCCGUGAAGACUGCAGAAACUGGGUAUAUUCAACGCCGUCUUGUGAAAGCACUGGAGGAUUUGAUGGCACAGUAUGAUGGCACGGUUCGGAAUGCAUUAGGUGAAAUUGUUCAAUUUUGUUACGGAGAAGACGGCAUGGACGGAGCAAAGGUGGAAAAGCAGAGCCUGGACACCAUGAAGAUAUCUGACCAGCAGUUCCGCAGCAAGUACAAGGUUGAUGUCGCUGAUGGUCCGCAUGGAUGGAAACCGAAUACGCUGGACUUCCGUAUUUCCGAAGAGCUGAUCAAAAGCGAAGCGCAGGCACGGUUUGACGCCGAGUUUGAACAGCUUGAGGAAGACCGCCGCAUUCUUCGACAACAGAUUUUCCGUGACAAUAGUACCACUACAUGGCCAUUGCCGCUGAAUAUUCGUCGGAUGAUAUGGAAUGCGCAGAAUGCCUUCAAAGUUGAUCGCAAUAAACCCACGGGCCUGCAUCCUGUCAAGGUUAUGGACAGUGUUCAGGAUCUCUUGCAAAAGCUGAUCGUCGUUCGCGGAAAUGAUGAUCUCAGUAGAGAAGGGCAAGAGAAUGCCACACUUUUGUUUCAGAUCCUUAUUCGAAGCACGUUGGCGUCCCGACGUGUCAUCGAAGAGUUCCAUCUGAACCCCGAAGCCUUUGAUUGGAUAAUCAAUGAAAUCCACACUCGCUUCAAUCAAUGCAUCGUCAACCCGGGUGAAAUGGUUGGAGUUCUUGCCGCACAAUCCAUCGGAGAGCCAGCAACGCAGAUGACCUUGAACACGUUUCACUUUGCUGGUGUCAGUUCCAAAAACGUGACGCUAGGUGUACCUCGAUUGAAGGAAAUCAUCAACGUUGCUAAGAAUAUAAAGACCCCAAGUGUGUCUGUAUUCUUGGAUGCAGAUUAUCGUACGUCUGUUGACCGAGCGAAACGGAUUCAAAGUACACUCCCACAUACCACUUUGAUGAGCCUUACGGCGGAGACGGAGAUUUGGUACGAUCCGGACCCACUGAAUUCGGUCAUUGAAGGAGAUCGUAUUAUAAUGCAGCCUUAUGGUGACAUGGAGGACGAUGAUUUCAGCAGAUACUCACCGUGGGUGUUGCGCAUUAAGUUGGAUUUCAGACGAAAGCUCGAUAAGGGAUUGAGUCUCGAAGCCAUCUGUGCCCGUAUUAUGGAUGAGUUCCAAGGCGAUUUGAAGUGUUGGUGUUCUGAUGACAACGCGGAGGAGUUGGUCAUUCUUGCGCGUAUCGUGAGCGAGGCAAAACAGGGGGAGGAGGAUGAUGAUAGCAAACUGGAUGAAGACCAGUUCUUGAAGAAAGUUGAAGAGAAUAUGCUAACGCAAAUUACUCUGGCUGGUGUCCCUGGUAUCCAACGAGCUUUCAUUUCUGAAUUCAACCGGCCUACCUAUGAUCACGACGGACGACUUAAUGCAAACGGAGAGAAAGAAUGGUUCCUUGAGACGGACGGGACAGCAUUGGCUGCCGUGCUCGCUCAUGAUGGAGUUGAUGCCCAAAGAACGUACUCCAACUUCACUGUUGAGAUCAACGAUGUGUUUGGCAUCGAAGCGACUCGUGCGGCAGUGUUGAAAGAAGUGCGUAAGGUCAUCGAGUUCGACGGUUCCUACGUCAACUAUCGGCAUUUGGCGCUGCUUUGCGAUAUUAUGACGCAACGUGGUCACUUGAUGGCUAUCACACGCCAUGGUAUCAACCGAACGGAAGCUGGAGCGUUGGCCAGAUCUUCAUUCGAAGAGACGGUCGAGUUACUCAUUGAAGCAGCUGGCAUGGGUGAAGUUGAUGACUGUAAGGGUGUGUCGGAGAAUAUCAUUCUUGGACAGUUGGCACCUAUGGGAACUGGAUAUGUUGACGUUAUCUUGGACGAGGACAUGUUGAAAAAGGCGCCCUCCAUCAUGGACCCUAUGCGAGACCAUCAUGCGAUGGAUAUUGGUUUCCAGGCAGGCUUUAUGAGUCCGGCGCAUACUCCGUACUUGGAUCGAAGUCCAAUGCCAAUGACUCCAGCGGGUGGCUAUUCCCCACUUGGACCUGUGGUUUUCUCACCUUACGGGGUGGAUUCCGAUGGUGGCAAGCCUUGGAGCGGACCCGGUGGACCUAGAUUCUCGCCAUCGUACAGUCCGCAGAGUCCUGGGUACAGUCCAUCGUCACCUGGUUACUCGCCGACGUCGCCAAGCUUCUCGCCCACCAGUCCGAGCUACAGUCCGACAAGUCCGAGCUACAGCCCAACGAGUCCGAGUUACUCACCGACCAGUCCGAGCUAUAGCCCUACAUCGCCCAGUUAUAGUCCGACAAGCCCGAGCUACUCGCCGACGUCACCCAGCUAUUCGCCAACUAGCCCCAGUUACAGUCCGACAAGUCCUAGUUAUUCGCCGACUAGCCCGAGUUAUAGUCCUACGUCGCCGAGUUACUCGCCAACGUCUCCAAGCUACAGCCCUACAAGCCCUAGUUACUCUCCUACCAGUCCAACGUAUUCGCCAACAUCGCCGCAAUACAGUCCAACGAGCCCGACGUAUUCCCCAACGUCGCCCAAUUACAGUCCCACUUCACCUCAGUACUCGCCAACGUCUCCCAUGUACUCACCUACGAGUCCGAGCUACAGCCCCACAUCACCGCAAUACUCGCCCACUUCACCGCAGUAUUCGCCAACCUCGCCUCAAUACUCUCCGACAUCACCUCAAUAUAGCCCGACGUCGCCGCAAUACUCGCCGACGUCUCCACAAUAUUCCCCCACAUCCCCAACAUUCAGCCCAACCUCUCCAGGACCGGUCGCUGGCGGGGGGUAUGCUCCAGCUGGUGCAAACCCUUCAACGGGCACUGGUAGCAGUACAUCCAAGCCAAAUGGCGCUGCGUACAGCCCCAGUGGCUCGUCAUAGACUUCAAUUGGAAAGGUGUGAGGUGAGGAUUCCGGGGUUCUGUAUAUAUUUGUAUCUGAUUUGCUCAAUAUGCUGUAUGAUGAACAUCUGUAGCAAAAACAUCACAUGCGGUUAU